UUUCUGCCUCAGUUAAUGCUGAGAGUCCCCAAGAAACGGAGGAAAAUGUUCACAACAACAUUCUACACAUUCUGGGCAAUGAAUUGUGUUUGGUUAGAUAUACUGCUGGUGCCUGUGACUGGACUGUCAACUGCUGACGAUGGAACGCAAGAAGAUUCCAUUCCUCUUCAGGCCUAUUUAAUAGUGGCUCUUGUCUUGCUGGUGAUGGUUCUGUUAGUGUGUCUUGCAGCAAUCAUUGGAGUAGCUCUCAUCUAUUUUAAACUGAGUCAGAUCCAGAAAAUGCUGUCAGAAAAAGAUGAUGAGACAUACGCACAAAUUGGCACCAAUCUAGCUCACUUUACACGUGUGAGGAAGGAUCUAGACUUGAUCAGUACCGGUGGGAACAUGAAAGGAAACAAUGGCAUCGUGGAAACUGGCAAUGAAUAUGACAGAGAAAAGAGGCCAAACAAGUGUCCAUACCUCAAGCUUCCUGAUGGAAUGGUUCAAGCCAUCUCACUGGAGUUUCCUAAAGAAGCAAAAAUUGACACAGAAUCAACAAAACACUACAAAGGAGCCAGAGGGACUGGGCAAUUGACAGAGAAUAUCCCAAAAUAUUCCCCACCAUCAUCCUACAACAGUGCUUCCAGGAAUAGUUCUCAGAGAGAGUUGAAUAAUCCCCAGAGGAACAUCCUUCAACAAUCCAAAGAAUCACAAGCAUUCAGUCAUGCUGCAAACAAUGACUCCAUCAUUACCCAAGCCAACCAGAAAGCUGCAAAAAAGCUAAAGGUGCAGCCAGCAGCAAACAUCCCUGAGCCUUCUUCUCUCGACUCAAGUACUUACGCCAUUUAUGACGUGCCUCGGCCUUGCUCAUGCUCCUCAAUGUGCCACGGUGUUUCAUGGCCUUCUCCGGCUUCAGAUUUCCAGCACAACCCCUUGAAGCGCUCCCUAAGUGAAAUUGGCCCUUCUGCCUUUGAAAUACCCCUUGAAAUGGUCCAGGAUAACAAGUAUGCAGUGCCGAGACCUGUGACCUUUCCAAGCCAUGGAAACUAUGAAACUGAAUUUAAAGAUCUGGAGAAAUCAUCAUCCAAGGACUCGGGCGUGCUUUCCUACGUGGACUCCCAAUUGCUGGAUUUGAUCCCUGAGGGGAAUGAGCCUCAUCUUGAGUCAAAAAAUAAUCUGGAGAACAAACAAAGACAAGUUGCUGACAAGGAAUCCGUUGAAGAUAAAAGUGUAUUUAUUUAA